AUUGGAUGCGAGUGUUCGGAGAACACUAGGCUUGUGAGAGGGUACUGCAUUGAACAACCUGAUGAGGAACCCUGUACCACCGGCGGUCUAUCCUGAAAUGUCGCUCAAUGGAAGGAAUGCUAGUGAAAGAUAGGGAUGGAUUGGUUGAUGUAGUGCAUUAAAAGAGGUGGAUAGCAGCCCACAAGCAACAGGGCGGAGAAAUGAAUUUAAGGAGCGAAACGGCCAGUCAGCAAAGGUGAUAAAAAUCAGGGUCUUUUGACCAUAAGUUUUCAUCUCUUCUAUUUUUACGUAGUCUCUGCCAACGUUCCUUGCCAACUCUGCCAAACCUUCCGCAACCCCGCCGCCAUUUAUGUUGGACAGGCCCCACAGAUCCAAACUAUAUAAAGCAUUCUGAUCAGUACGUCCCAGUAUUCUCAAGCGCCUUGUGCCUCUUUCUCACCAUGCUUAUCAAAAGGACAAGCCUGUUGACUGUGGUUGCCGCUGCACAAGUAGCCUUUGCACUGGACCGAAGAGAUGACGCCUCCGACCUCCAGACUAUUCUGGCCAAUGUGAAUCAACUUACCUUCCAAAACUCACCGUCUCCAGGCACUGCUCAAUGGCUAAAAACACUGCAAGCAGAUGGAAGCUUUUCUGAUGUCAACUAUGUAGCUGGAUGUGCUGGUGACCGGGCAAACUGGGGUGCUGAGGUGCAUUGGUCUCACGUACUGGAUAUGACAGUGUCGUGGGGAUCUGGAGCCAAUGGGACAAAUUAUAAGAAUUCCUCCACUUUAUUAACAAGCAUUAAGAGUGCAAUGGAUUAUUGGUUUGCCAACGAUUACACGAACGAAGGUUGUACUUUUGGAAAUGGUGGCAGUACUUGUCCAUGCGGUACUCCUGGCUUAUGGGGUGUUAAUUGGUGGUUCAACGUCAUCGGUGUGCCUAAAAUUGCUGGUGCUGCAUGUGCUGUGGUGUCUGACCAACUCAACACGACGCAAAUAGCUGGCUGUCAAAGGAUCACCAAACGUCCUUACGCUGCUAUCCCUCAGGAAACGGCGGCCAAUUUGAUUGAUGUCUCCCUAGGUAGUGUUUAUUAUGGCCUCGUUAGCCGUAAUACUAGCAUUCUCUCCAAGACCUUUUCAGCCGGAAACUCCGCCUUGCAAGUAAGCAAAGGUCAACUAGAUGGCAUUAAAGUGGACGGUUCCUUUUUCCAACAUGGAGGUUUACUUGCCUCUGGAUCUUACGGGGCGGUCAUGUUUCAAGGGUUCCUUAAUCUUCAGACUUUUGCUAUGGGCACAGCCUACCAAGCCAAUACAACACAACAGUCUGCAUUUGCUCUAGUGAUGAAUGGUAGUGAAUGGAUGGUGUACAGCAAUAGCUCUGGGUCACCUCUGUGGGAUUACUCUGUCACAGGACGAAGUUUGAGUCGACCAGGUGCUGCAACGGACAUAGCCGUGAAUCUCGCACAAUUGGUCAAUGCCACAUCAAACUGGUCGACGGGGCCAGAUAUUGCUAAAAUCGUCAAAUCCAUCCAAGCUCCAUCGAAGGAUGCAAACCAUGGUCCCUUCAACGGCAACAAAAUGUUCUAUUAUGGUGACUAUAUGGUCCAUCGACGUAACAACUACAUUGUGACACUCAAGAUGACUAGCAACCGGACGUUGGCUGAAGAAUGUGUCAAUGGGGAAAGCUCCAAAGGAUUCCAUUUAUCAGAUGGUACCGUUUAUACUUAUCUCUCAGGUGACGAGUACCGGAACAUAUUCCCAACUUGGGACUGGGAUCUAAUCCCAGGUACUACCAUCGACUACCAUGGUACACCUAACAACUGUACUCCAGCAUACCUUGGAUCCAAUGCCUUUGCAGGAGGCAUCUCCAAUGGCCAGAUCGGUGUUGCCGGACUCAACUAUAAGAACCCCAAGACAAAAGACUUUGCCUGGAAGAAGUCAUGGUUUUUUUUGAAUGAUUUUUAUGUGGUGCUUGGAAGCAAUAUAACUGAAACAAGACCUAACCCAGUUUUUUCUACGCUGGACCAACGAAAACUCAACGGAAAAGUCUAUGUAAACAAAGCCAAUCAACAGGCCACUUCGGGGAUAUACCAGGAUGUCAAGUGGAUUCACCAUGAUAGCAUUGGUUAUCAAAUGAUCGACAGCAAAGUAUCGGUGAACCUCAGUACGAAUGUUCAAUCUGGUACUUGGCAGUCUAUUGGUGCCUACAACGGCUCGGUAUCAUGGCCUGUUUUCAAUGCCAAAAUCGCCCAUCAACAAACCAGUGGCCAAGCAGUGCAAAAUGCUGAGCUUGGAUAUAUUGUGUAUCCUGGUAUGGGACAAUCGCAAUUCGUUUCCCGCGUCCAACAUCAACCAGUCUCUGUCCUUCAACGCAACGACAUUGCUCAUAUUAUUCAAAUUGAGAGUGAAAAGUUUGUUGGUGCCGUUUUCUGGUCCGCGGGUAAGGCCAGUCUUCCUCUGUUCGGCAAGGUCCGAAGCCCGGUCGUGGUGUCCAGUGGUGUGAUCUUCUCUGCGUUGACUGGUUCACAUUCAAUUCAGCUCAUGAUCGCCGACCCUACGCAAAUGCUGUCGUCUGUGCAACUCACUGUCGAAACCCGUGGGAAGUCUCUACAUUGUCCCAAUAAUGCUGCAUUCAGCUGCUCUACCACUUCAUCGUCCAAGUCAUCCUCCACUACGACUAUUACUGUGGCACUUCCUCAAGGUACAACGGCUGGUUCUACUGUCCAAGGGGAGUUCAAGGUCGGGGCUGCCUCUAGCCACGGCCAACAUCACUGAAUCACCCAUAUUAUGAUUCUUUUGAUCUUUACUUCUAGUCACAUAUAUGUUCACUUCAUAAACCAGCCGAGUCCAUGAUAUGAUUUUGGCAGAACAGCACCCUGCG